AGAUUUCAGGUUUAAUUUAUACAGUAAAACACCCACUAAAUUAAGAGACCUUUUGAGAUAGGAACAACAAAAAUGAGCUUCUGGAUAGCAGCAAGGGAGCUUUCAAUAACAUGGAGUGAGGAUCCACAGUACUGGAAUUGGAUUCGUCUUGAUUCUUGCAGUUCGGAGGUGGCUGAGCUAGUAAGAAGCUGCUGGGUGGAAAUAAUCGGAAAAAUAGACGUAAGAAGUCUGCGGGUGAAGACAAGUUACAGCGCAUAUCUAGUGUUCAAGCUGCAAGAAGGGUGCAAGGAGAUGCAGAAGGCGACUGCAUCGGUGAGGUUGGUGAAAGAGAUAAGAGAGGGCAGCGGCGACGAGGGCUACGGCGUCUUCAUCGACACGACAGCGUGCGAUGCAGAAGAAAGGGGUCGAUUUCCUCAUUGCCGCAGCGACGGAUGGAUGGAGAUCAAGCUGGGGGAAUUCUUCAACAAUCUGGGAGAUGAUGGCCAGCUGGAGAUGCGCUUGAUCGAGAAGAAUAAUCCCAACUGGAAAACUGGUCUUCUUGUUAGGGGCAUUGAUAUUCGACCUAACUAAUUCAUCUCUCAUAAUGCAUGCAUGUGUUUUUCACGUCUGCAAUAAAUUACAUAUAUUCUUGCAACAAAUUAAUUAUGCAAAAUUUCAAUGCUUAAAGCUCAUGAGUUUUUCAUGUUUGUUGUUUGUAACCUCUCAUUGAAAAAUAACUCAUUAAUCGCAGGCACCUAGGUUUAUGUUUA